AUGGUGAUGAAGAAGGCAGAGACUACAAAUCAUGACUCAUUCGAAGAAGAAGCCACACGUUUGCCUUACCUUCCCCGACAUCUUCUUGUCGAAAUACUCUCAAAGCUACCCGUCAAGUCUUUGUUGAGAUUCAAGGGCGUGUCCAAGUCAUGGCGUUCUUUGAUAUCUGACUCCCACUUCAUCAAAACUCACCUCAAUCAAUCACUAAGAGAGUCCAAUAUUCAAACACAGCGAAUACUCAUAGCCCCUUCUCACUCCCCAUUCGGUCUCUACACUGCAAGCUUCGGAUCAGCCAAUAAUGACAUUUUAGUAGAAAAGAUUGAUUUUGUAGUUCAAAAUAAUCCUCAUCCUCGGUGUGAAAUCAUUGGUUCUUGCAAUGGGUUGAUAUGCAUGGAGGUAGAUUUUGAGUUCAUAUAUGUAUUCAAUCCUUCGACAAGGGAGUCCAAGCAAAUACCAGAUUGCGAUUUCCCUUGUGACAUUGGAUUUGGCUAUGACCAUUGCUCUGAUGAUUACAAAUUGGUGAAAAUAACCAGCAAUAGCAUGUGUGUAUAUUCGCUGAGAAUUGGUUCUUGGAGAAAAGUUCAAGACUUCCCCAAGUACAGUGUUAAUGUUUUCGGGAACGGGAUGCAGCUGAAUGGAGCCAUUCACUGGCUUUGUUUGAAAAAUGAUUCAGACUAUACAUUUGAGAUUACUGCUUUUAGUUUGGUGGAUGAGAAACUGUGCAAGAUUCCCAUGCCUACUUCCGUCACCGAUUUUAAUGUGGCAUCCCAACUAGGGGUGUUUGAAGGAUGCCUUAGUGUACUACCAUGUGAUGAUGCAUUUUGGGUUAUGAAGGAAUAUGGGGUGAAGCAGUCUUGGACUAAAUUUGUUAUUAAAAACUCGUUUUCAGAUAUCUUGGAGUCAUUAUCUUUGUUGAAUUAUGAUGAAGCUCUGCUGUUGAUAGUCUACUGCACUAAGUUAGUUUCAUAUAACUACAGAAAGAGAAGAUAUGAGAGUAUUGUCGUAUCUGACAUCGCAGAAAAAGAUGAGGAUAUUCAUGCAACUAUAACUAUCUACGUAAAUAGUCUCGUAUCUCCUGCACAAAUGUGUGAGGCAGACAAAUGA